AUGGGAUAUAAUAAUAAACGUCGAGGUGGGGCUUCGGGCCGAGGAAAACAAAAACGAAGAAAGCUUAAUCUGCUGACGAUACGGCAGAAAGGUGAUUUAAGACAACUAGGAGAACAACACCCUGUCGACGAUAGAGACAAAGUAAAAACUUAUCGCACAGUCAGCCUCGAUGAUAAAAAGCCAGUUGUUGAAAGCUCAUCAGAAGAAAGUGAAGAGGAUGUUCCAGUUAUCAAGCAGCUUUUGACUGAAAUAGGAGCUAAAGAGGAGGUGUCAGAUGAAGAAGAAAGCAAUGACGACGACUCUGAUGACAGCACGCAAGAUAAAACAGCCAAACCUGAUGUAAAUGGAGAUGAAGACCUAGAAGGUGGUGACA